AUGGACUCAUUCAACCAAUGCAUUGUAAAUAAAAACAUACAUUCACUCAAACGUAAAAUAGAGGAUGAUACAAUAGAAGAGUCUCAUUCUUCAAAACGAUUUCAUUUUCAUAAAAGUACAAACGCAUUAUCAUCCAAUAUAUCCAAUACAACGUCAUCAACAGCAUUUCAAUUAUCCCUUUCGACAACUACAAAUAGAGUAAAUGACAGAGGAGCAGAAAAAGAUCAUGAAGAAGAAGAAGAUAUGAUGAUGAUGGAGUACGAUUCAUUUACGGAUGAGGAUGAAUCAUUAGAAGUACCUGCUGCUCCUCCAUUGAGAAACUAUAUUUCUAUUGUUGAUGAUGAUGCAGGAUAUUUAGGCACAUUAGAGCGUGGUUGGAGUGAUCUAUUCAUGGAUGAAGUUCAUUGGAAUGAAAUAUAA